AUGGCAUUUCCCAAAACCGCCAAACCCAGGAGCAACCGCUGCUUCGACAACGGGCACGCAAACCAAGCCAGGUUCUUCUGUCCUUCUAGGACUGGCACAAGACCCGUUCACACAUCCCGGGGCCCUUUCCACCAGGGCUGCAGCAGCCCUCGGAACAGUAGGCGUGAACCACGCCGCAGACGACGCAUGUCCGAGCAACGUCAAAAUGGAGGCAAGCGAGUCGGCAGCCAUGCCGGACAACCUCGCGCGGUCACCCAGCCUGGCCGCACGGAUACCGACGAAGAUCCCCUUCCCUCUCAGAGACAGCAGUCUGCAAACAGGUUUCCCUGGAAAAGAAGUUUCCGCAAUUAUAAUCCGAGGUAUCAGCCUCAUCCUCGAUGUAGUCAUAACCAGCGAGGCCCCCGAGAUGGGGAUGUUACUAUGGCAGAAGCCCCUGACCUCGAAGAGGCAAGAGAGAAAGAAAUUGAUAUGCCUAUUCACAGCGCACCCGCAUAUAAAGAGAAGGCUGAGGUUCUCGCUUGGGGCAUCUUCUCAAUGCACGAUCUUGCCGAGAUGAUCCUGCAGUGCGUCCAUGAUGCCAAAAAGGGCAUCAAUGCCGACAAUGACGUUGAGAUGGCGGACGCACCGCUUUUUUAA